AUGAGUAUCUCAAAGUCACUCUGCUCCCCCAACUCCUCCCCCGACUCCACCCCACCGCGGCGGCGCCCGCCCCACCGCGCGACCGCCCGCUCCCGCGGCCUCCGCCCGCCCCACCGCGCGACCGCCCGCACCACGACGGCCUCCGCGCCACCGCGGUCGCCCGCACCAUCGCGGCCUCCGCCCGCCCCACCGCGCGAUAGAGACUCCGCCCCACCGCGCGACCGCCCGCACCACCGCACGACCGCCCGCACCACCGCGGCCUCCGCGCCACCGCGGACUCCGCCCCACCGCGCGGUCGCCCGCACCACCACGGCCUCCGCCCCACCGCGGCCUCCGCCCGCCCCACCGCACGACCGCGACUCUGCCGGAUCGAGGAAGGAUCGCCACCCAGCGCGACCGAGGAAGCAGGGCCAGACUGACUCCGCCAAGAAUACCCCAGGCUUAUCUAGCACUGCAUCCACGGGCAUUGAAUCAAAUGAACCAACUGACCCAGCUUGGAAGUACUGCACAAUGCCAGAUGUGAACAAGAAAGGUUCUCUCCAGUGCACCUUCUGUAGCGGCAUCUAUCAUGGUGGAAUAACAAGAAUCAAGUACCACCUUGGUAAAGUUCCUAAAUCCAAUGUUGCAAAGUGUAAAAAAGUUCCAUCUGAUGUGCAACACGAAAUCCUUGAAGUGCUGGCCAUAAAGUCAGAUAACAAGCAAAAGAAGGCUGAAGAGAAAGAAGAAGAUAGAUCUGUAGUUGAUUUGAGUCAUUCUGAAGGAGAGGAACACAGUGAUGCUGAAGGAAAUUCAGUUAUUGUGGUGAAGAAGAUGAGUAGCAAAGGUCAUUCAGGUCCUAUUGAUAAAUUCUGUAGACUAACAACAGAAGAAAUAGUGGCUGCAAGGAAGGGCAAAGGUGUUCUUUCUGAGAAGGUUCAAUCCAAGAUAUCAACUGAAAAAAGAGAAGAGAAGAGGGACAGAGCAUGUGAGUACAUCUGUAAUUUUUUUUAUGAUGCUAGCAUCCCACACAAUGUGACGACACUUCCAAGCUUUGAGCUCAUGCUUGAGGCUAUUGGAGACUUUGGCAGGGGCUUGAGAGGUCCAACUCCAUAUGAGAUGAGUGGGAAAUUCUUGCAAAAAAGGAAGAGGAAAGUGCAAGAAUUAGUAAAGGCUCACAAAGAGUCUUGGGAGCUACAUGGAUGCUCAGUUAUGACUGAUGCUUGGACAGAUAAGAGAGGUAGAGGUGUGAUGAACUUGGUAGUUCACAAUGCAUAUGGUGUUUAUUUUCUUGAUUCUGUGGAUUGCUCAGCUGUGAAGAAAGAUGGCAGAUACAUUUUUGAGUUGGUUGAUAAGUGUAUUGAGGAAAUAGGGGUGCAAAAUGUAGUUCAAGUUGUGACUGACAAUGCAAGACCAAAUGAGGCAGCGGUUAGUUUGUUGAGAGCAAAGCACCCCUCUAUUUUCUGGAAUGGUUGUGCAGCCCAUACCAUUGAUUUAAUGUUGGAAGAUAUAGGAAAGAUGCCCAGAGUUGCUGCAACAAUUAGCAAAGCAAAGUGCUUGACUGUUUUUCUUUAUGCCCAUACUAGAGUUUUGGACCUGAUGAGGAAGUACCUUUCUAGAGAUUUGGUGAGGUGUGGUGUUACAAGGUUUGCUACAGCUUAUCUCAACUUGAAAAGCAUGCUAGAAAACAAGAAGCAAUUGCAAAGGCUUUUUAGGGAGGAUGAGCUCCAUGAACUAGGCUACCUAAAGAGUGCCAAAGGGAAGAAAGCAGAGAAGGUUGCCAAAUCUAAAACUUUCUGGAGAGAUGUUGAGACUGCUGUUAUUUACUUUGAGCCAUUAGCUCAUGUCUUGAGGAGAAUGGACAGUGAUGUGCCAGCAAUGGGUUUCUUAUAUGGGUAUCUACAGGAGGCUAAGAAUGAGAUCUCUAAGAGGUUCAAUAAUGACAGGAGAAAGUUCGAGGAAGUUUUUCAGUUCAUUGACAAGAGGUGGGACAGUAAGCUGAAAACUCCUUUGCAUAGGGGUGGUUACUACCUCAACCCUUUCUACUAUUAUCAAAACAAGGUGGCUAUAGAGGACAAUGAAACAUUUAGAGAUGGUGUCAUAACUUGCAUUACAAAGCUUGUUCCAGAUAUAGAGACUCAGGACAAGAUUAUUGAAGAGCUUCAAAAGUUCCAAGAUGCUGAAGGAUCCUUUGGCAAAGAAAUUGCUAAAAGGCAGUGCAAAAAUAUUCAUUUUAAUCUUGCUUGUGAGAGAUGCUGGAGUUCAUUUGAACAAGUCCACACCAAGAGACGCAAUAGGCUGCUGCAUGACAGAAUGAGGGAUCUUGUGUUUGUCAAAUUCAACUCAAAACUGAGACAAAAGAAGGACAACAAGGAUAGAGAUCCACUUGAGAAACCUGUUAGUGAUGUCUUAGAAGAUGAAGACAAUGAGUGGAUCACUGGUGUUGAGCAAACAGAAAUAGAAGAGGAUGAGGAAGGAGGAAUUGGAGGUACCUCACAAGAGGUUGUAGCUGCACCACCACCAAGGAAGAGAGGUAACCAGAGCAGGAAGAGAAAGAGACUGAUUCCUACUGGUGAUGAUGAGUUAUCUGCUUCAUCUUCUGAUGGAGAAAAUGACACUAUGAUGCAUUCUGAUUCCAUUUCUGUUUCUGAUGAAGAGAUGCAGUAA